CAAAACCUGAACCCUUACUCAAACAUGCUAACGAUGGUAUUUAAAAUUUUGUAAUUUUAAUGUAACAAACUUUUUUAUGAACAUAAUUUUGUAAAAUUGGAGAAAAUUUCUUUGUGUACAUCGGUUCGGAGCCGAAGACUGCCGAGCGUCGCGAACGCCGAACCAGUUCCAACCGGUUAGGGGAGGUACAAUAAUUGUGCGUGGUCCCUCACAGUCACCGAAUAAGAGCGUGGUUGAUGUGAAGCUGUACUUGGCGUGAAAGGAAAAAAAUCAAGAAAAAAAAACGGAGGUCCCUUUCAAAAGAAACCGAAAUUACGAUCUCCAUAUAACGCAACGGGGUCUGUGUUUUUCGUUAGAAAUUGAGGGAAAACUCAUCUCCGAAACUGGAAAACGGAAAACGUAAACUGGUAUCUUUUUGAUGUCUGUACAAGUGGAUGGGAUGAAGCAGCCGGUAACACCGUUUGGGACGCCUGUGAACGGCAGCAUGAAUGCGCUGUCCGAACAGGCAUCACGUCUGCUCGACUUCUCCCAGAAGUUGGACAUCAAUCUGCUGGACAGCGUCGUCUGCUGCAUGUACACGGGCGAGGGGGCCCAGCAACGGCUGGCCCAGGAGGUGCUGACGACGCUGAAGGAGCACCCAGAAGCGUGGACGCGGGUGGACACGAUUCUAGAGUUCUCCAAGAACCAGCAGACCAAGUACUACGCCCUGCAGAUCCUGGAGAAUGUGAUCAAGACCCGCUGGAAGGUGCUGCCCCGCAACCAGUGUGAGGGCAUCAAGAAGUACAUCGUGGGGCUCAUCAUCAAGACCUCGUCCGACCCCGAGGUGCUGGAGAGGGAGCGCGUCUACCUCAACAAGCUCAACAUGAUCCUCGUGCAGAUCCUGAAGCGGGAAUGGCCCAAGAACUGGCCCUCCUUCAUCAGUGACAUUGUGGGCGCCAGCAAGACCAAUGAGAGCCUCUGUCAGAACAACAUGAUCAUCCUCAAGCUGCUCAGCGAGGAGGUGUUUGACUUCUCGAGCGGCCAGAUGACGCAAGCCAAGGCCAAGCAUCUCAAGGACACCAUGUGCAGCGAAUUCUCCCACAUAUUUCAGCUCUGCCAGUUCGUCAUGGAAAACUCCCAAAAUGCUCUGUUGGUUCACGCGACGCUGGAGACGCUGCUGCGGUUUCUCAACUGGAUACCGCUCGGCUACAUCUUUGAGACCAAACUCAUCAGCACCCUCAUCUACAAGUUCCUCAACGUGCCGCUGUUCCGCAACGUGACCCUCAAGUGCUUGACGGAGAUCAGCGGGGUCAACGCGUCUCACUACGACGAGAUGUUUGUGCUCCUCUUCACGCAGACCAUGGCGCAGCUGGAACAGAUGCUGCCUCCUUCCACGGUGAUCAAGGAGGCCUACUCGAACGGCCAAGACGACGAGCAGAAGUUUAUCCAGAACCUGAGCCUGUUCCUGUGCACCUUCCUCAAGGAGCACGGGGCUCUGGUGGAGAAACGGACGGACCUGCGCGAGAUCUUGCAGGCCGCCCUGCACUACCUGCUGCUCAUCUCUGAGGUGGAGGAGGUGGAGAUCUUCAAGAUCUGCCUGGAGUACUGGAACGCCCUGGCCUCGGACCUGUACCGGGAGAUCCCGUACGGGCUGGGCACGGCGGCCCCGCUCUAUGUGGGCAGCGGGCCCUGCACCCCGGGGGGACGGGCUGCCAGCUCCCCGCAGUCCGCCAGGCGCCUGCUCUACGGGCCCGUGCUCACCAAGCUCCGCUACAUCAUGAUUGGGCGCAUGGCGAAGCCGGAGGAGGUGAUAGUGGUGGAGAAUGAGCAGGGUGAGGUGGUGCGGGAGUUCAUGAAGGACACGGACGCCAUCCAGCUCUACAAGAACAUGCGUGAGACGCUGGUAUACUUGACGCACUUGGACUACAUGGACACGGAGCGCAUCAUGACGGAGAAGCUGCACUACCAGGUGAAUGGCACAGAGUGGUCCUGGAAGAACCUCAACACGCUGUGCUGGGCGAUUGGCUCGAUCAGCGGGGCCAUGCACGAGGAGGACGAGAAGCGCUUCCUGGUGACGGUCAUCAAGGACCUGCUGGGGCUGUGCGAGCAGAAGAGGGGCAAGGACAACAAGGCCAUCAUUGCCUCCAACAUCAUGUACGUUGUGGGCCAGUACCCACGCUUCCUCCGGGCCCACUGGAAGUUCCUCAAGACCGUCGUCAACAAGCUCUUCGAGUUCAUGCACGAAACCCACGAAGGGGUGCAGGACAUGGCGUGCGACACCUUCAUCAAGAUCGCCCAGAAAUGCCGGAGGCACUUUGUGCAAGUGCAAGUGGGCGAGGCGGUGCCCUUCAUCGAGGAGAUCCUGGCCAACAUGAGCUCGAUCAUCUACGACCUGCAGCCCCAGCAGGUGCACACCUUCUGCGAGGCGGUGGGCUACAUGAUCAGUGCCCAGGCCGACCAGGCCGUGCAGGAACGCCUGGUCGACCGCUACAUGCUGCUGCCCAACCAGGUCUGGGACGACAUAAUCAAACAGGCCAGCAAGAAUGUGGACGUGCUGAAGGACGCGGAUGCGGUGCGCCAGCUGGGCAACAUCCUCAAGACGAAUGUGCGAGCCUGCAAGGCCCUGGGCCACCCCUACGUGACCCAGCUGGGGCGCAUCUACCUGGACAUGCUCAACGUGUACAAGGUGAUGAGCGAGAACAUCAGUGCGGCGGUGGCCCUCAACGGGGAGGUGGUCACCAAGCAGCCCCUCAUCCGCUCCAUGCGCACCGUCAAGAAGGAGACCCUCAAGCUCAUCUCGGGAUGGGUGUCACGCUCCAACGACCCCAAGAUGGUGCUUGAAAACUUCAUUCCCCCGCUGCUGGAUGCGGUACUCCUCGACUACCAGCGGUGCACGGUGCCGUCUGCCCGGGAACCUGAAGUACUCUCCGCCAUGUCCAUGAUUGUGCACCGGUUAGAGAGUUUCAUCACUUGCGAGAUUCCCAAGAUCUUCGACGCGGUGUUCGAGUGCACGUUGAGUAUGAUCAACAAGGACUUUGAGGAGUUCCCAGAACACAGAACCAACUUCUUCCUUCUUCUCCAGGCUGUGGUUACUCACUGCUUCCCCGCUUUGCUGAAUAUUCCUCCUGCACAGUUCAAGCUCGUGCUCGAUUCCAUCAUCUGGGCGUUCAAACACACAAUGCGGAAUGUCGCCGACGUCGGCCUGCAGAUCCUGUACCAGCUGCUGCAGAACAUAGCGGGAGAGGAGAUGGCGUCACAGAGCUUCUACCAGACCUACUACACGGACGUCAUGCAGCACCUGUUCUCCGUCGUCACGGACACCUCCCACACCGCAGGGCUGUCCAUGCAGGCGACCAUCUUGGCGUACAUGUUCAGCAUAGUGGAGGCGAACCGGGUGACGGUGCCGCUCAACCCAGCCCUGCAGCAGGCCAACGGAUUGGCCAACCUGGCCUACGUCCAGGACUUCGUCGCAAACCUGCUCAAGACCGCCUUCUCUCACCUCUCGGACGCACAAGUGAAGAUCACAGUCCAGGGCUUCUUCAACUUGAAUCAAGACAUCCAGGCAUUCAAGGAGCAUUUGCGGGACUUCCUAGUUCAAAUCAGGGAGUACACGGGCGAGGACGACAGCGACCUGUUCCUCGAAGAGCGGGAGGUGGCGCUGCGGCAAGCAGAAGAAGAGAAGCGCAAGAUCAGGAUGCUCGUUCCAGGAAUCCUCAAUCCCCACGAGAUCCCAGAAGAGAUGCAGGACUGAGCCGGUUUUCCGCUUCCUUAGUGCAGGCGUGUUUGUGCGACUGCCCCUAAAGCCUCUUCUCUCCCCCACCCCCUUUCCCCCUCGCGGAAGUGGUUAUACCUGCUUUUGCUUCCCAUCUCCCCCGCCCCUCUCUCUCGAGUCAUUUCUUUUUUUUUUGUCGUCGCAUAAGUUAUAUUUGCGUUGCUGUAUAUUUACCAUACCACCCCUUCCCCCCACCCCCCCUUCACGUCCUCCUUCGACUCUGAUCGAAAACACGCUUUUGCGAGAGAUGAAAUUUUUGGACGGAGUUUCUUCAUUUUGGUGUCCACCGCCUCCGCUGCGUCGUCGACGGUUGUCUGCCUCGGCUUUGGUCGCCUCUCCUGGUUGCUGGUUACGAAGACGCGGAGUCGUCUUGCGGUCUGUCCCGCCCGCCGCUGUCUGGCUAGGGUUGGCCGUCGUGUCGGCUAGAUUGGAUCAGUGCCGAGAUUUUCGAAGUCUGAUUUUGAAACGGUCUUGACGCCGAGGGUCUGAGAUUGGUUACUCGAGACAAUUUCGAUGUAACUCGACACGAGUCGAAUCCUCAAGAAUUUGUUCAGAGGUUAUCUCAGUGUCCUUUCCACGUUUGACAGCUUAAUCUCGGUCGAGGCAAGCGCGUCUAACCUCGGCACAACGCCGGUUCGACUUCGUGCACGCGUCAGCCUACAUCGACGGCCGGCUUGUUCCAACUUCAAACGUUGGUUCGAAACUGCUUCCACGUCGGUCAACCCAACAUCCAUUUUCGAUCCAGCGUUGGUUUCAUAUAAUCUUCCAAAGGUUAAAAUUCUUUCCCGGAGUACCAGUGGGGAUUUCCCGCUCCGCCGAAAACGUCCCGUCGGUGCUGGGAAGAGGAACGGCGCUCUUCGUGGGUCUGGCUGCAGUGUGGCUGUGCGAUUGUGCGUGCCUGUGUGCGUGUGUGCGUGCGUGCCUGGCGAGCGAACGCCUCCGACAGAGGACUUCUCGUCGCGGGGCGUCUGUCAUCGCAAACACAGAGUACUCUGCCCGACCACGGGCAGACGGCGCGUGGCUUUCAAGAUGCGAAUUGAGAAGACGACGACAACUGCGACCCUGCGGCCGACACCUGUGGCGGAACACAGAGGAAGAACGUUGGAAGAGAGACGUUCCACAACCCACGACAUUGAUUUUCCUCUUUCGUUUUCACUCGUCGUCGAGCGCCGACGUCGACGUUCUUGCGUUUCAAUAUUUAUUAACUCGCUUCCGUUGUAGCUUAUUUGAGUUUCCGACGGUACGAACGCUGUCUUUGCCGUCAGAGUCCUACGGUUGUGCCGUUCCGAUUUUAUUUUAUUUUUCGGGCUUGCGGGAAGACCGGAAGCAGUGACGAGUGCAGCGGGAGGUAGCGUGCCUCUUCUAGACCGUCUGAGCACGCGACGUCCACCGGACGGAUGCAAGAUGACUCUGCAGUCUUUCGGGUCAGCGACGCGGCGGAAGACGGAAGCACGAGAGGCAUGUGAAGAAGCUACCCACUACGUGAAGCAUCUGGGAGAAUGUGGCGUGAGUGUUGUGUGUGCGUGAGAAAAAAAGGAAAAAAAAGAUGGUGGCAUUGGGCGGAUUUUGUGCACAUGCCGAGCGUGUAUGUCUGUGCAUCUUUUCUCUCUUAUGUGUUGCGUAUGGAACCUCAAGGGGAAAAAAGAAAAACUGCUGGUGUGCGAUGUGCGUUUAAAAAAAUUUCGGUGUGUGGUUGGUUGGUGUGCAUCCGUGCCUGAUUGGAAACAGUUAUGUGAGAUUAGAUGUGUGCAUUUUUUUGUCGUGUUGGAGGAUUUUUUUUUCUUGGCUGUUUAGUGUAUUGGAGAAGAGCAAAAAAAAAAAAAACACGUUUUUGCUGGAAUAAAUGAGUGUUUUUACAUAGCUGGCA